AUGACGUCAGAAAGUGAAAGUAUACCGAAAGAUGUUGCUGAACCUACAACUUCUGACCACACGAGCACAUCAAAACAGUUGAAUGAUGACGGUUUAGAUCAUAAAACACUUUUUGUUCGUUCGAUACCGACUGAAGCUACAUCAGAAGACUUAUCAGCCUACUUUUCCCAAUUUGUUCCAGUUAAACACGCAGUCAUUGUAACUGACGAAAAUAAACAAAGUAGAGGAUUUGGAUUUGUUUCAUUCACUUUGGAUGACGAUACAUUAACUGCUUUAGUUGAAGCAAGAAAGACUAAAUUUCAAGGAAAAUUAUUACGAGUUGAUAUUGCCAAGAGAAGAGAUAGGAAAACUCAAGGGCCCGAUGGAGCCUCAAUUUCAAAGAAACAAGUCGAACCAGUAGAGAAAAGAAGAGCUCGUUUGAUUAUUAGAAACCUACCUUGGAGUUGCAAGAAGCCAGACACUUUAAAGAAUAUUUUUCAAAGAUAUGGUGCUGUGUUUGAUGCUUAUAUUCCAAAAAAGAAAGGGGGUCAAAUGUGUGGAUUUGCAUUCGUGAUCAUGAAGAAAAAAGCUGCAGCUGAUAGAGCUGUAAAAGAAAGUAAAGGGUUGAAAAUCGAUGGAAGAGAAGUUGCUGUUGAUUUUGCAGUGGAAAAGUCCAAAUGGGAACAGGUGAAGGAUCAAGAAAGUGAAGAUGAAGAAGACGAAAAAGAGAAAGGUGAGGAAGCCGCAGUUAACGACCACUCCAGUGAUGAUGAGGAAGCCGAAGGUGGUCUUGGUAGUGAUGAAGAUGAAGAAGAUGACGAGGAUGAAAAGAAGGAUGACGAAGAUAGUGAUGACGAAGAAAAUCGCGAUGAAUCAAACUUUGACGAGUUGAAUGAAAUUAACACCGACGAUGAAGUUGAUUCUGAUGAUGAAGACAUCAAAAUUGAAAUUGAUAGCGAGCCACAAAGAGAAGAGGAACCUAAAAAGAAGAGUAAUAGACAAGAAGCAUAUUCUAUCUUCGUACGGAACAUUCCUUACGACGCUGAUGAAGAAAGUUUAAAAGAACACUUUGAAGUAUUUGGACCCGUCAAGUAUGCUCUUCCGGUGGUCGACAAAGAGACUGGAUUAUCUAAAGGUUCAGCAUUUGUUGCAUUCAAGGAAGAAGAUGCUUACCUCGACUGUCUUGACAAUGCUCCAUCAAAUACAGGAUCAACAUCAAUCUUAAUCGCUGAUGACGUCUCACCCAAAUACGUCUACCAAGGACGUAUAUUAUCCAUCACUUCUGCUGUUGAUAGACAAUCAGCUAACAAAUUAGCUGAAAGGAAUGCAUUGAAGAGAAAGGAAGUUUUAGGUAAAGCCCCAGCAGAAAAGGAUAAACGUAAUUUGUUUUUACUUAAUGAAGGUCGAAUUACUGAAAAUUCUCGAUUAGCUCAAUUUAUUACCAAGACGGAUUUAGAAUUGAGAGAAAAAUCAUAUAAGUUACGUGUCCAACAAUUGAAUAAGAACCCCACGUUACAUUUAUCAUUAACUAGAUUAGCAAUUAGAAAUUUACCUCGUGCCAUGAAUUCAAAAGCAUUGAAAGCUUUGGGAAGAAAAGCAGUGGUUCAAUUUGCUACUGAAGUUAAAGAAGGGCAAAGACAACCAUUAUCGAAAGAAGAAGUGUCUCGUUCAAUCAAAACCAAAAAGGAACUUCAAGAAGAAAUCGAAGUCAAAUCGAAAAAUUCCAAACACAAAGGUGUGGUCAAGCAGGCUAAGGUGAUUAUGGAAGUCAAAGGAUCUGGUGAAGCUGGUCGUAGUAGAGGUUAUGGUUUUAUUGAAUUUAGAGAUCACAAAGCUGCCUUACAAGGAUUGAGAUGGUUAAAUGCUCAUGAAGUUUCAAUUGAUGAGAUUACUGAAGGGAUGACUGAUGAAGAAAAGAAAGUUGCCAAGUUAGAUGGCUUAAAUAAAAGAAGAUUAAUUGUUGAAUUUGCAGUUGAGAAUGCUCAAGUUGUGAAAAGAAGAAGAGAAAAAGAGAUCAUUAGUAAGAAAUUUGAUAAAGAAAAGGAUAAAGAUGGAAAUGAUAAAAAGAGGAAACGUGAUGAUGAUAAUGAUAAUGGAGAGACUAGAUCUAAGAAACAACGUAAAGGUAAAGGGCCACUGAGAAAAGGUAAUAUGAAUAAGGGUGGAGCUAAGGCUCAAGAAUCAAAACUGGAAAAAGAACCAAGGAAUAAAUCAGGUCUUUCUGAUAAUAUCAAAUCCAUCAUUGGACAAAAGAGAAAGAGAAGAAAGGGAAAGAAGUAG